AGCAGAGCUUUCAACAGCUGACAUUGACGUGUUGUCGUUUUCGUAUUAAUUGACAAAUAUACUUUGGAAAUGAGUUUAAAAACAGUUUAUGUUACCGUGGGAACCACCAAAUUUGACGCCCUUAUAGCAGCCAUAUCCUCGGAAGCCGGGAUCAGGGCCUUGAAGGAUCGGAAAUGCAAAAAACUUAUCAUUCAACAUGGAAAUUCGCUUCCUCUGACCCCUGAAGCAGUUCAACGGAUAACCCGCAGGUACGGAAUCCAAAUCGAACAAUAUAAGUUCCGUCCAAACAAGGAAGAUAUUAGAAAGGCGAAUUUGAUCAUCGGCCAUGCAGGAGCUGGAACCUGUAUGGAUAUACUGAACAACAACAAGCAUGGUUUAAUUGUGAUCAACGACCAGUUAAUGGACAAUCACCAAUGGGAACUGGCCCGGCAACUGGCUAGCGAAAAUUAUCUGUAUUACACCAAAGUCACCGAUUUGGAUGAGCAGCUGACCAGUUUGGACUUUAGUGCUCUGACACCUUACGAAGCCCAGGCCACGAACAUUGAUUGGUUUGUUGCCGCUGUUAACGAGCUCUGCGUCGAAGCAUCCCCGAUAAGAAAAUUUCGAUAUUGUUUUUAGCACCAGCCCCUAUGGGGUUGGUUUUUUUUAAAUAUUUAUUUAAGAGUAUACGAGUAUAGUUAAUAAACACGAUAAACAUUUA